ACCAUUUGGGAUAGAUGAUUUCCAAUCGAGGGUCCUCUCUCUGAAUCUUUCUAUCCACUAAUCCACAGUCCACACAGCUUCUGCCUUCUGCUACAAAGGUUAGCAGGAGAGAAGAGAAGGCUUGAAACUCAUAAAAUGGCGUCUGCAACGCUGAUGCCAUUCUGUUUGAAGCUUCCGUCCUCUAUUCCUUCAUUUCGGAGUUACUAUGGCGUUCGUCUUGCUCCAUUUAACAAGACAACCUCAUUGAAUCUUACUUCGUCGCAAAACAUUUCUGGGUUUCGUUCCGUUCUCCCAAAUAAGCUCUGCAUAAUCACUUCUACCCCUCGAAACCCUCCACCUCCCACCAUUGUCGCCGCAAAGGGUUACAAAAUGAAAACCCAUAAGGCUUCAGCAAAGAGAUUUCGGGUGACGGGUACUGGGAAGAUAGUCCGGAGAAGAGCUGGAAAGCAGCACUUGCUUGGCAAGAAGAAUACGAAGAGGAAACUGCGACUUUCGAAAAUGCACCCAGUUAACCGGAGUGACUAUGACAAUGUGAUUGGUGCCUUGCCAUACCUAAAAGUGAAUCGACAAGCAAAGUAAGAUGAUCGUCUGGCAAGUGAAGGAUCUUUUGUUUUUCAAUUGCUUUUCUUUAUUGCUUUCAUGUAAGUAAUCACACUACUGAGGCAUCUUUUCUUUCUGUAGUAGCAAAAAUUGAGAUGCUCUUUUUGCUUCAUUCAUUUAUAGGCUUCCUAAUUCCCAUGUC